AUGUUGCCGAAGUUUAAAUAUGAUAAUGAAUUAGUGCCUAAAGCGGAUUACGCCAUGAACCAAAUACCGAGCUAUCACACGACGCAUGCGCAGUACGCGCAGUGGCCGACAUGGGACCAUACCCGGCUGCAGGGGACCUGGGACAACAGGUUCCUGGACAUGAAGAACAAUGAUAAAAAUUACUUGGAGAAAUUCCAGGGAUUUAAUUUACCUCAGUUGGAUCAAAUGCAAAAAAUCACCACAGAAACUCCAUCCGAAGUACGACCACAAUCUAGCUUACGGGGCUCUAUCCAGCGGCCUGUACGCCACCACGGGUUUUACCGCAUUUCAAAGAGACCAAGGCACCGACCUCCAAAGCCUCGGACUGCAAUCAGAAGAACGACUGCAAGCCGACCAAGCAGUCCAAGACCACCACCGGCUGUCAAACACAGUGUGACAAGAAGUCCCCAGUCACACACCAACGACACGCACAUGAAGCAGAUGAUGCAGCGGCAAGUGAACAAACAACAGGAGGUGGCGACCAGCUGCGCAGACUUUAGACAGCAGAGUCCGCAGCUGCUGACGUCACCGGGCUGCAAGACGCCCUUCAACCAAAACGGGCCCUGCGACAAGGACAUAGACAAGAAAGGCCGUCAGAAGAAAGAUGAGUCGCCCAAAGACACGAGUAAAGAAGAGAUGUGCGAGGCCGUCAGCCCCGCUCUACAGUCUAUGGGAGUAUAUACUCCAGACUCAACGAGUAAUUCGGUUCAUUCAGUGCAGUACCCCGCGUGCGAGCUGGACGUGAGUCAGCUGGGCCUGGAAUCGCCAACCAGCAUCAACUCGGACCUAGCGUCUCCUUGCUCCAUGAUGCACAUGCACCCCGCGCCUAGCCCGCAGUACCCUCACUCCUCAAUACACAUACCGUCCAUCAUGAGCCAGCCCAACCAACCGCCUAAGCAACAGAAGAUCAACAACAGGAACAGGAGUACGGGCAGUGCGGGCGCGACCUCCAGUGACAAGAGCGCUCGUGGGUCCGGCACGCCGCCCGCGAGACACCGCGCCACGCCGCCGCACGCGCCGCACGCACCACACGCACCGCACGCACCCGUCUCACACGGCGGUAGUGUGAUGCAGGGCGGCGGGUACCAGGGCGGCUACCUAUCGUUCCAGCAGCAGCAGCAGUACCACGCGGGCUGGCCGCCGUCCUGCUCGCUCGCCAAGCUGCAGCAAAUGGCCGACGCUCCGCAGCACCCGCCGCACACGCCGCCCGCUACGGCACAGUAUGGUCAGCAGGCUGGGACGCCGCCGGCCGGUCAUUACCACGCGCCGAAAUACUACCCGCCCGCUCACAACCAGAUAGAGUCGCCUAGGAACACACGGAACGCACCCAGUAACCUAAGUCCCAUGCAGCAUGUUCAAAUGGGUCCAGGAUCUCGAAUGUCUCCAAAUCUGAACACACACAUCAUCAGCCAGUAUGGGUUAAACGGGUACCGGGUUCCCCCACAGCAACAGUUCAACAACCUGCCCGUACAAAUGAUGAACGUGCAACCCGGCGUGCAAUACCCCGGGCCAGAUCCUCGCGCGCAACAACCUAACGUGUACGCGUACGCGGGUUACAUUAACCCACCACCGCCUCUCACGAUGCAAACAUUGAACUCGACUAUGCGUCGGUAG